CCCUUCUUUGAGUGGACACCCAUCUGUUGCGUCAGAGAGGCAGUCAAGGUCUAAUUAAAAGCACGUUGAGAAAGAACGCAUAGAUCCAGCCCCCUUUACCGCUCUGCGCACGCACCAGCAUGCAGGCAUCCUGAGGUGGAUAUUAGUCCAAAGAAAGCCAGGGAAGAGGUGCGAGUUGAUCUGUUACCACUGAAACACUCAACAGUCGAACAAGAAGGUUUUGAAAAAGCAGCACAAUGGCAGGAAUCGAGUACAUGCGCGGUUUUGGGAACGAGUUCUCCUCUGAAGACCCGCGGUGUCCGGGAUCCUUACCUGAGGGACAGAACAGUCCUCAGGUGUGUCCAUAUGGCCUCUACGCUGAGCAGCUCUCUGGCUCGGCCUUCACCUGCCCACGUCCAGCCAAUAAGAGAAGCUGGUUGUACCGAAUCCUUCCGUCUGUUAAGCACAAACCCUUUACCCUUGUGCCAUGUGGGGAUCUGACGGAGAACUGGGAUGAAGUGGAGCCUGACCCGAACCAGAUGCGAUGGCUGCCUUUCACCGUCCCCAAAUCUACAGACAAGAAAGUGGACUUUGUGGCUGGUCUUCAUACCAUUUGUGGUGCAGGAAACAGCAAAUCCCGUAAUGGCAUUGCUGUCCACAUGUACACCUGCAACACCUCCAUGGCUGACAGGUGCUUCAACAACUCAGAUGGAGACUUUCUGAUCGUCCCACAGCAGGGCGAGAUCUUGGUCACCACUGAGUUUGGGAAGAUGAUGGUCGAACCGAACGAAAUCUGUGUCAUCCAGCAAGGGAUGCGCUUCAGUGUGGAUGUGUUUGGAGAAACCAGAGGCUACAUCUUAGAAGUGUAUGGAGCCCAUUUUGAGCUCCCUGACCUGGGGCCUAUAGGAGCCAAUGGUCUGGCCAACCCAAGAGACUUCCUGUAUCCAGUUGCGUGGUACGAGGAUCGCAAAGUGCCCACUGGUUACACGGUCAUCAACAAAUACCAGGGAAAGCUGUUUGCUUGCCAACAGGAUUUCUCUCCAUUCAAUGUGGUCGCCUGGCACGGCAACUACGCGCCCUACAAAUACAACCUGAAGAACUUCAUGGUCAUCAACUGCGUGGCCUUUGAUCACGCGGAUCCAUCCAUCUUUACUGUGCUGACCGCCAAAUCCACAAAACCAGGUGUGGCCGUUGCUGACUUUGUCAUCUUCCCACCUCGAUGGGGCGUAGCCGACCACACCUUCCGUCCACCCUACUAUCACCGCAACUGCAUGAGUGAAUUCAUGGGUCUGAUUGAAGGUCACUACGAAGCCAAAGAGGAGGGAUUCCUUCCAGGAGGGGCCAGCCUGCACAGCAUAAUGACCCCCCAUGGUCCUGACGCAGACUGCUUUGAGAAGAACUGCACAGCCGAGCUCCAACCUGAGCGGGUGGCUGAGGAAACCAUGGCCUUCAUGUUUGAGUCGUCCUUCAGUAUGGCCGUGACUAAAUGGGGUCUGCAAACAUGUCAGAAACUGGACAAGACCUACCACCAGUGCUGGGAACCACUGCGCAGCCACUUCAAUCCCAACUGGAAGCCCAGCAAGAAGUAAAAGACAACAACUGUUUACCAAAGCAGAUGUGUAAAAAAAAAUAAAUAACAUUUCUGGACCUAACAAACAUCAA